ACUAAUCUUCUUUAAAUUUUGAAAACAAGCGUGGAGAAAUGUGAAAAUGAAAAAUAAAAGACCCAAGGAAAAGAUGAAACUGUUUCUUAUACCUUGUGGGAAAUGUUUUAGAACAUUUCUAAUUUGUUAAAAUGUGUGUUAACAGCAGUGAUUAGUGCAACGAAGCGAAGAAACAGAAAAAAGUGUAAAAAGUGUAAAAAGUUUUAAAAAGUGAAAAAAGUGAAAAAUGAGUAAAGAGGCAGAUUUUCAGAAGCUGCAUUCCUUGGCAGGAUUAGUGCAAAAAAUUGCACAGGAUUGCAAGACUGGACUCCCCCUGUUUGAUGAGCUAGUUUUGAAGACGACUAAACUGCAAACCCAGCUUGUUUCUACAACUACAGUACUUGGAUCAUUUCUUGAUACUUUUCAGAAGCUAGCAGACUCAGCAACAAGUACUAAAGGUUCGAGUACAGAUAUUGGAAUAUGUCUGACCAGGAUUGUUAUUCGCCACAGAGCUAUAGAAGCACAUCUUAGAACCCUCACAAGGGCUCUGUCAGAUUGCUUCACCUAUCCUAUACAAAAUAAGGUUGAUGAAUGGCGAGGAACAGUAAAACAGAUAGAUAGAGAGCAUACAAGAGAGUUCAAAAAGAUGAGAUCUCUCAUAAAGAAGAAAUCAGAUCAAAUUAUUAAACUCAGGAAGAAAGGCAGAAAGGAGAAUAAUGUAGAGAGCAGUAGAACCUGUGAUGUCCAAGUCCAAGAAUUAAACUCACUCAUCAAAACUGCAGAGGAUAAAGAGAAACAGGUUGUUAAAAGAAUGGCUGCCCAAGAAAGAACGCAUUAUACAGCUUUAGCAGCUUCCUUCAAACCAAUCAUAGGAGAAGAAUAUGAAAUGUUAUUGGAGAUUGAACAGUUGACAGAAGUUAUGGACAAACUAACACGGAUAAUAUCAGAUCCAAGAAGAGUUGUGGAGACAUCUGAAAAUGUUGUUUCUUUGCUCGACUCAGCCAAGGAACGGUUUUGCUACGCGACUCCUCCGUCCUCCCCUGCUGGUUCUACAAUGGGUUCUAGGAGAGGUUCUCUACGAUCCCUGACAUCAACCUCGUCCUCAAGAACCUCGUCAACCUCGAGGUUAUCCUACCACGAGUCCUCGACCUCUACCCCGAUCUCGGCGGCAGCCUCUAAUCCUGAUUCUAGAUCUAGAAAUGAUUCCUAUUCAUCAGAUACAGAGGUACUAAGUAAGCCUCCAAGCUGGGAUUCUCUCACCUCAGCCCGAAGCCAAGAUUCAGGUUUCCCCUCCAGUACCUUCUCCUCCUCCUUCACCCCUCUAGUCAUUAACGAGGUCAGUUCUUUAACAUAUUUUUUUAAUACAGAAUCAAAAAAUCUGAAAUCAAAUAAAAAAACUGCCGAUUUGACUUUAUCAACAAAAAACAGUUCAGGUCCAAUCCUUCCCUUUGAAGAGGGACCUCGACCUGUAGUUCCAGAUCGAUCCUCUUCCUUGGACGGAGGAAGUAGGACGACAUCUCCUCAGGGAGUAAGCCUGGAUUCAAUAUCUUUACAGAACUCCUUCAGCUCUCAUGGUAUCUCAUCUCUUUAUCAAGGACGGGUUGAUCUCAACCCUACCAGUAGAACUGGGAGAACUAGUCCCGGAGCUGGGACUAGGAUUAGUCCUUCUCUCUACUCUAAUCUCCAGUUGAGAAACUCAUUCUACACCAAGAUUCCCUCCAGGGAAGGGUUUAGCUCCGAGGACGGAUCAAACCUCUAUCCGGAGCAAAGACUACCGGAAUCCCACUAUGGAGUACCACGGAGCACUCCAGUUUUGACCAACCCACCUCGAUCCAGUCCUAUGGAUUCUAAGGAUCAAAGAUUUAAUCAGAAUUCCGAAUACUCAGUUCCUAAACCCAUCCUUCCUAACUUCUCUCUGGAUAAACUAGAUAUGGUGCUACCUCUUCCGAUAUAUAUGAACACACAGAUGGCUAGACCUAACCAGAACCUAGAGAAAUCGGAGAACCUGGAGAAACCCCGGAACCAAGGUUAUCCGGAGAACCCAGAGUAUAUACAGAACCCCGGAGAAGGAUUAAACGGAUCCCAGCUAAUUCAUCCUAAUCAGCUGGGACGGAGAGCAGGUUUGGGAUUGAAAGGAGAAUUAAUGCUCCGGGUGGAUCUAGAGAAUGAGGAUGAGUUGAUAACUCCAACCAUUGAACAGUUAUCUAUACUAGACGAAAAGGUUGAUGACGGUAGAUGCUAUGGAUUGGAUACUAGUAGUGGAAGUGGUUCUAUGGGAUCCUCCAGCGGAUAUGGAUCUACAGGUUUCGAACCUAACCUGGAUGAUACGCUAGAUCUUGGGUUGACUGGAGGUACGGGAGGAAUGGUAGGACGUGUACCAGAAUCUAAUCAUGAAUCUGAUCCCGGAGAAAUCUUACACAAAUACCAAAACAACGCCCAUUGCUGGAACAGUUCCUCCACCUCUGGUUAUAUCGGAGGUACACCCGGAAACUCUGUGACGGAGCAGGCGAUGGUUUUCUCGGUUUCCGGCAGUUCAGGAGGUAUAUACGGAGUAGAAACUCUAAAUGGAACCUUGAAACGUUCCCAUUCGGUCGGUGUUUCCCAGCCUACUACAUUUGACCGACAGCAUCCGAUGCGUCAGUCCCUGGCAGGUGAGCUAGAGCGGACAAUUUCUGGAGAUAUGAACGGGGUCAGUAAAGGAAGAAAUCUGAGAAGUUUUGUAGAGAAGAGUUUUAUCCCAAAACCAAACAAGAGUAAACCUCAGGGGAAGAGUUCUGAUCAUCAGAGUGGUUCACAGCUUCCCAGGCAUACAAGCACUCUUCUUCGGGCGCAAACAAAACAAGCAAGCACACUCACCAACAAACAAACAAACAACAGAGAUGAAAUUCAUAGUUUUGAUAAGCAUGGAAUUAUUGCAGAUAAUAUAUUCACCAUGUAGAUAUAUAUAUAUAGAUGAACUCUAUAUGAUACAUAUGUAUGUACAAAAUAAUGUACAUAGUUGUAAACUCGUUUGUACAUCUGUUCUGUAAUUUAUAUACUUUUCCUUAUGAUAUAUUAUCCUUUACAUACAAUGUUUUCAAUUCUUUGGUAAAAGAAAAUAAUCUAGAAAAUGAUCUAGAAAUGAUCUAGAAAUGAUCUAGAAAAUGAUCUAGAAAAUGAUCUAGAAAUGAUCUAAAAAUUAUCUAGAAAAAAACAUCUAGAAAUGAUCUAGAAAUGGUCUAGACAAUGAUCUAGAAAAUGAUCUAGAAAAUAAUCUAGAAAUAAUCUAGAAAUGAUCUAGAAAUGAUCUAGAAAAUGAUCUAGAAAAUAAUCUAGGAAUGAUCUAGAAAUGAUCUAGAAAUGAUCUAGAAAAUGAUCUAGAAAUGAUCUAGAAAUGAUC